UGACUUUUUUUUGUCAAACCUUUCUAGUGAUACACUCAGCAGUUUCUAUCUAAAGGAAGAUUUAUAUCAUCACAAUUAACUCCAUAUUAACAUAUGCAACAAUUAUGGCUACUUUGAAUGCAAGUGGACUCAACAUAACAAAAAGGCAGCUGCAUGUGCCUUCGCUUGAUGAAAUAAAAAAUGUUCUAAAUCAAGGCUUGGCUAAAAAUUUUGCUGAAUUUCAAAUUGAAAUUGUUGAUUGUCCAAAUUUGACCCAAGAACCUUUUACACUUGCUGCACCAGGAUUGGGAGGUAAUCCUACGCUAUUAGAAAUUGGUGGUCCAUCAUUUCUUCUUCCUACAGUACAAAGAAAUAAAGUGUAUGACAUCAAACAGCUUUUAAAUCAUUUGCAAUACAAUAAAGAUCCCUUUGUUGUUGGUGCUGGUGCAGGUCCAUGGCCUUACUUAAACUGCAAUUGCGAGCUCAUGAUGAAUACAGUCAUUUCAUCAUCCAAUGUGACAAGUGGAACACGUAUUGCAUCUGUCGAUAAAACAAAUGGAAGCUGUGUGCUUCAAACUUUACCUAAUGAAGAAACAAGGUGUGCUUUAUUAGCUAAUUUGUUUGUUACCGAAGGAAAGCCUGGUAAAGUCUUAAAAGUACAUGCUAAAAAACGCACCGGCAAUGACGAUUUUAUUGCAUGUAUGCAGAAAGCAAUUGCACAGCAUUAUCAAAAUAAUCUUGUUGGGCUAGGAGGAACAUUCUUAAUGAAUGAUGGAAAAAUCAAACAACACGUUAUGCCGGAUUUUUCAGCAACUCCACUGAAUACUGAAGCACAGCUUAAUAAUUGGUUGAACUUCUUCAACAUGUCAACACCCCUGAUAGCUGUUGGUACAUUUGUUAGUUCUGAAAGUGAUCUGGAUCUUCGUGUUCAACAUUUCCAUAGCUUUUCUCAUCAUGGAGAAGGAGGUCAUUAUCAUAUUGAUACAACUCCAGAAACUAUAGAAUAUUUAGGAUACUUUAAUUUGGGUAAUACACUUUACCGUGUAGAUCAACCAACAUCUAAGUUGCACUUUGGAAAGGACUGAUUUCUUUUAUAUACAAUUAUAUAUAAAUAAAUAAAUAAAUUGAUUUCUGAUGGGUUUUCAAGAAA